AUGUGUCUUGUCUGGCUAUCUUCGUACUUGUACGAGUAUUCGCAAAGCACGAAUGGCAAGUAUGCUUGCCGCCAACCCAGCGACUGCAAAGCAACUACCAGCACAGUACCUGUCCAGCUGCAACCAACCAACAGUUCAUCCAGGGAACGCAAUACCAUGCGGCACUGUGGGCGUCUGAACAAAAGAAAAAAAAUCGAAAAAGUGACCUAAAAAGAGUCGAAUUGUGUGCCACCACCAUCAUAAAGCGGCGGGCGAGAGCCCACCCUCCUGCAGAGGCAAUCAGGUCGCUACAGGCUUCACCAUUGUCACCAAAAAGUCUCGAUCCUGCGUGGAGUUCGUGACUUUCUCCUCACUCAUGCUGAGUAUUUAUCAUACCUGAACCGUCCCCAUUCCACCUUUUUCACACGCUACCGCCACGCUACCGCCGUCUUAUGAUCUCGCUGGGGAACCAGGGGAAGCAACACUCCGCGCUAUAAUGAUGGCAGCGAAGGGAUUAGUGUCGCGGUUUAUAUUUAUUCUUUGGUCGAUGUCUCACUAAUGUCUGAUCGCUGAUUCUUGCGCUUCCGCACAACUACUCGAGUACUCUUAUUCGGCGUUGACGUUUGUUCCUUCACCGCUCCUCACUUCAACUUUCCCAACCCCCCCCAACUCCCGGCCCUCACCCCUCAUUAAAUUUCCGCACCACCUUUGAGCCACUUUCCCUCCUUCGUCACCUGUGCCUGGAGAUACUUAUGAUCUUCGAGUGAGCCCCUCUACGAGUACACACCACGUGUAAUUGUACGAUACACCUCUGCGUUCCUACCGCUGUUGGGACCACCGCAGGAAGCCGCACAGGUUGAGGUCGAAGGGGGAAGAAACUUGUUAAUGCCCAAACCUUCAAUCAAUUUACGUGUGGUCUUUGCUCUUUUUCCCUAUCUGACCUUAAUUUUCUCUGCUAUCAUUUUAACUUUUUACCCUGUGGCGGGAGGGGGGGGGGUCUAUAUUUUGCUAUUCAUGAUUUGAUACUUUGCUUUCAGUGCUUGGGGUUCACCUGCUAACUGACCACGGAUUCCCGCGAUUUAGCUCCUGUCGGGAGGGCCCUGAAAAAGCCCUGAAUCAAUCCAUACAGAGGCAGGAAGAAGGGACCGCAAAGGCUAAAAUUAAAAAGGGUUCGAGAGCGAAUGCCGUAUGGGAGGGGAGAAUGUAAAAAGGAGAGAGAAGAACAGAAAAAGGGAGGGCGGACCAAAAAAUCUACUAGCGGAGCAAGCGGAUGGGGGUGAUUUGCCUCCGUCACUCUAUAGUACCUAGUCGGUAUACCGGGUAAGUUCCCAGGAAAUCAAAGUUUUC